AUGAAGAAGUCCCAUGAAGUUAAAAUAUGCAAGCGAAAAAAAAUUUUGUCUUGCGUGUCUUUAAUUCAAUGCAACUCAAUAACCUUUUCAUGGUUGCAAUUAACGUCAGAUUUCAAUGAAAGGCUUGCAACUGUUUUAUGUGAUGUUGAAUCAUGUGUAAAGACCAGGGGUCGGAAGCCGAAGCGGUAG